GCUUCUGCUCCACUGAGGGAUUCCCAAUCCUUUCUGUGAGGAAUCAUGACGAAGCUCUUUGCAGGAAAGGACUAAACCCCCGUGCAUUUGCUGCUUGGAUAAACUCUUCCACCCCCCCAAAAAAAAAAGGAUUUACUGUAUGAUAUGGGCUUCGUUUGAGGAGCUGCGUGUAAAUUUGUGGAUUUCCGACACCGAAUUUGGAUUUAAGGGCUCAUCAAGGAAUUGAGGAGUCAUGGAAGGUGUUUCACUAAGGAAUGGCACCUUCUUUGCAGAAGGUUUCUGCUGAGUAUUAGAGAUUCAGCAUGUAACUGAGGUAGACAAGUCCCUUCACGUGUGGGAACAGUCUGACAUUAUAAUGGGGAAUUCGUACGCGGGGCAGCUGAAGUCUGCUCGUUUCGAGGAGGCUCUCCAUAACUCGAUUGAAGCGUCGCUGCGCUCCAGCAGCGGAGAUCCGCAGCCCAUCUUCACGCAGCUUUACCUGGAGCCGGACCCAUAUCCAGGUAACAUGGAAGCGGAUAUAAAGUCGAAAGCUGACACGGCACUGCACAGUGAGGGUCAUGAACUUCUGAACGGUCACUCCUCCAACGAUCUGGAGGAGCUGGAGGAGGACGACGACUCCGACAGCAGCAGCCCGCCACUUCCCUACCUUCAGACUCCUGUGCCUGAUGGCUGCUGCACGCUCGAUGGUAUCAUCUCAGCAGGUUUCUGUCAGGCUGGAAAGGACCUGCGUCUGGUCACCAUAGCAGCAGAACCCAUCGAAGUCCCACCGGGCUUCGAGCUGGUCGGCGCCAAGUCUCCCAGCAUCCCCGAGCACAUCCUGGUGUGCGCCGUGGACCGCCGCUUUUUGCCUGACGAGAAUGGGAAAAAUGCACUUUUAGGUUUUUCAGGAAACUGUGUGGGCUGCGGUGAAAAGGGUUUCAGAUACUUCACGGAGUUUUCAAAUCACAUCAACCUGAAGUUAUCCACCCAACCCAAGAAGCAGAAGCACUUAAAAUACUACCUGGUGAAGAAUUCACAGGGUGCUCUGUGCAAAGGACCCCUUAUUUGCUGGAAAGAUAGUAAAACCCGGCAGUUCUCCAGCGGCGCCUCCACCUCCAAACCGAGUUCGUCCUCGUCCCUGAGCAGCAAGGAAAACGGAGGCACCAGUGGACACAGCUCGUCUCCCUUCUCCCUCUCAGAUUCCCCACCCACUCGGAUGGCACAGGCGUCCUCUGUCUUUUUUGGGAGCCAGGAUCUUGGAAGGGACUGUAGUUUCCUCAAACCUCUGGCCUCCACUCCCGGCAACAAAACUCUGCCAAUAGUUCCCACAGCUCUUAGGGUGAACGGGCCAACGAACGGCCUGGGUGUUGAUGUGCACCCUUCGUUACUGAGCCCCUCCCAGGUCUCCUUGGUUCCACAGACUCAGGGGUAUCGCACUCCUGAUUUAGGAGACAGUCCAGUAUCCUCUGCUAUGAACUCCGGUCCCCCAAAGAAGCGCCAUCGCAGCUGGCAUCCCAGCACCUUGGUGCCGGUCCCACCGACAGCUGUCCCUGUGCCGGCAAUUCGCCCAAUAGUUGGCUCUCCAGGUUCUGUAUUAGCGGUGUCUUCUCCUCAGCCACUGGGGGUUGGAGUCAUUCAGCCCCAGCCUGUCGCUGCUGGAGAAACGGUCAUCAUCCCUGAAAACCUGCUCAGCUCUUCAGGCGUCCGCCCCGUCAUCCUCAUUGGGCAUGGCACCUUGCCGUAUUUCUACGGGAACGUUGCCAACAUAGUGGUGAGCCCCCUGCUGGUCGGGUGCUAUAAGAGCAGCCAGCUCACAGAAGAAAACCUGGAGACUUUGGGUCUCCACGGCAGUCAGAUGCUCAGUGUGGAGAUGAUGAUCCUGCUCACUUUACAGUACCUUGCACGUUUAGCUUCAAACCAGAUUCCUCUCAGGGAGGAGCUGGAGCAGAUCGUUUUAAAGGCCAUGCUCUGCUGUCCUGGGAAUCCGGCCAUCUCCCCGUCCCAGCUGCCAUGGCUGGCUCGACUGGAAGCGAGUGUCUCCGGCGGCAGCGUGCAGGUGGUGGUCACCCACAACUCUCUGGGCGAGGGCAUUUCCGAGUCCCUGCGCUCUCUCGGCGAGGGUCCUCAGCACCAACGGUGCCUGCCCACCUACGUCGUCGUUAUAUGUGCCUCCAAAAUGAACGGCAACGAGUUCUGUGUGCUCGUUUUGGGAAAGUACCAAGCACGCGCCUUAGCCGAAGGUAUGCUCACUACCAACGAGUUUCUGAAGGAAAUCAGCUACGAACUCAUCACAGGAAAAGUCAGUGUCCUGGCAUCUCACUUCAAAAGCACCUCUCUGGGGGACAAUCUCGACAAGCAGCUCGUACGAUAUCAGCGCAGACGGAAAGGACAGGUCAUCCUGCCCUUCCAGGGCGAUGUCACUGACAACAUCCACUCACAGGAGCCUGCCAGCAUGUCACCACCGCCAGAGACAGCAGAGCUCCUAAAUAGGGUGUUUCAGAUCUAUCCGGCCCAGCUGACCGUGGCACGAAGUCUUCUCUCCCAAGUUUGCUCCAUCGCUGAUUCAGGAACCCAGAACCUGGACUUAGGCCGCUUUUGUAAAGUGGACUUUCUGGUUCUGGUUCCUCCAUCUCAUAUUCUGGUGCACCAGACGGCCCAGCGUAUCCGACAAUCAGGAGUCCUUGUGGACCUGGGAAACGAAGAUGCAUACACAGCCCACCAGAAAUCAGAGAAGUACGUGGUGCGACUGGACGCUGAUGUUCACACCAAGAUGGAGGCAUUCAUGAAGAAAGUCAAGCAGAACCCCUACACCCUGUUUGUCCUCAUUCAUGAUAACUCGCACGUCGACCUCACAAGUGCCCUGUCUGGCUCUGUGUGCCACGGGGAGCUCCAGGGUCUCGCUGACCGAGUGGUGAACUGCCAGGAAGUCCUCGACGCCAUGAACCUUUUGGUCCUGCAGGUCAGCUGCUUCCCUUACACCCUGCAGACCCACCAGUCCCGCAUCAGCAUCCACAAUGAAAUCCACUGGCCAUCCAGUGACAGUUUGCAGAGGGAGCUACCUCCUAAUGAGUUAGUCUACUUUGGCCUGAGGAACUACAGCUGCUCCCUGCAGUGGGGCGUGGCCAGCCCCAUCCUGCGCUGUGAUGAUGCUUUUGAGAAGAUGGUUCAUACUCUGCUAGAGAGACAUCCCCACCUGCACAGCAUGGUGAUCCGCAGCUACCUGCUGAUUCAGCAGUACACCGAGGCCAUGAUGGCCCUGACCUCUUCCCCGUCCCUAAGGGAUCAUAUAACCCCGGAGACCCUGGCCAUGGUGGAGGACCUAAUAAACGCUCCGAGUCGAGAGGGCUCCCAGGGUCGCGGCCACAUGCUGCUGGUGCGCGUCCCCUCUCUGCAGCUGGCCAUGUUGGCUCGGGAGAGACUGGAGGAUGUGAGGGACAAGCUGGGACUGCAGCUGUGCUUUGCAGUACUGCUGGGAAGUCCAGCCUCUGAACUCAAUCUGUCCAGAAACUUUAUCAACAUCCUCAGGGCGUGGAGAGGCUGCGAGAAUGAAGAAUGGGUACCACACACGUACGAAGAUCUGGAGGGGCUGCCCUGCAUCGUCAUUCUCACGGGGAAAGAGCCUCUCGGAGAGACCUUCCCCCGGUCCCUGAAAUACACGGACCUGCGUCUGAUAGACUCCAGCUACCUGACCCGUACCGCCCUGGAGCAGGAGGUGGGCCUGGCCUGCACCUACGUGUCUGCGGACGUGGUCCAGGAGUCCAAGACCUCCACGGCUCCUCGGGAAUCCGACGGGGAGAAGACCGCCGUCAGUCUGAACGACGGGGACGAGCUGGAGAGACCUCAGAGCAAUGGCAGCGCUGCAACCAGAACGUCUGGCUCCCUGGUCGAGAACGGCGUCAGUUCAUCUGACUUGGCCGACUCGUUCCAGAAGCCCUCCACGUCCGCCUCCCAGCCCGAAGGCCUCGUCACCUCGGACAUGUCCACAAUAACCGAAGGAUUCAAGCAGGAGUGCGACUCUCUGGGAAGCCAGCUCCCCUCCAACCCUCUGAAAGCCCCCAACGACCCUCCGUCCCAUUACUCCAGCUCCUCAUCGUCCUCCCCGUCCCCCUCUUCCUCCUCUACACAGAGGCCCAGUCAGUCCACGCAGUGUGGACGGGCGUCGUCGAAGUCCUCCAGGGUGUCGCCGCGGACGGUCAUCUUGUCGCGGCCGGCGUACAACCUUCUGUCGGGGGAGUCGGGGAGCCAGCUGAGCUCCUUCUCACUGCUGCCCCACGCCGAUGUGUCCUGGAGCAGUCCGCUGAGGCCCCUCGUCACGCACGACCUGCAGGGGGCGGAGCAGAGCCUGUACUACCGCCAGUGGACCGUUGCCAGGCAGCACCAUGCCGAUUACGAAGCGCCGCCCGGGCCCCAUCCGCGACGCUUGCUCCUCAGCGGACCCCCACAAGUGGGGAAAACCGGCGCCUACCUGCAGUUCCUACGCAUCCUGUUUCGCAUGCUCAUUAGACUGCUGGAGGUAGACGUUUACGAUGACGAAGAUGAUGAAGAGGAAGAAAAUACAGAUGGUAUGACAGAUGUUAUGACUCCAGCGAAUGUGCAGUGGCCCGACAUCGAGGACAUUCGAAAGAUGCCUUUUGACCCUAAUCCCCGAGAUUCUAAAUUCAGGAAGGCCAGCCCGGUUUACUCUGACAAGAUGCCAAAGUUCUUCAAAGAGUUUAAAAAAGAGGGAGAGAACCAAACACAAGACACCAGAAGGACCAAGUCAAUACGCCUGAGUAGGUUUGCUGCCCAUAAUGCCUUUCAUCACUGUGAGCAGUGUCAUCAGUACUGUGAGGCAGUUCCUACCACACAGCUGUCGGAGUGCUCCUUACACGCUUUCACCUUCUGCUCGUCCAUGCUGGGAGAGGAGGUCCAGCUCCAGUUUUUCAUUCCUAAAGCCAAGGAGCAGCACUUUGUGUUCAGUCACCAGGGCAGCCAUCUGGAGAGUUUACGACUGCCUCUGGUCUCCACAAAGGACCCUGAGCUUCUGAAGAGUCCAAUCUUCACCCCGACGACAGGACGCCAGGAGCACGGCCUGCUCAACCUCUUCCACGCCAUGGAGGGUGCCGCUCAUCUGCACAUCCUGGUGGUCAAGCAGUUCGAGAUGCCCCACUACAGGAAGUACUGGCCCAAUCACAUCCUGCUCGUCCUGCCUGCGAUGUUCAACAAUGCUGGAGUUGGCGCCGCUCGCUUCAUGAUCAAAGAGCUGUCAUACCAUAACCUAGAGCUGGAGAGGAACCGCCUGGAGGAGCAGGGUGUCAAGAGACAAGAUGUAUGGCCUUUCAUCGUCAUGAUGGACGACUCCUGUGUGCUGUGGAACAGCUACCAGCCGGCAGACGCAAGCGAAACCUCCGAUGGAGGCUUGGCCCUCGCCAACGUGUCUCUGAAGACGGUGCUGCAGCACAUGGAGAACACGCCCAAGAUUUCCCUGUAUGCCGUGUGCGGCGUGCGUAAGUGGAGCAGCGCCCUGGCUCGCAAGGCUCCCCGUAACCCCUUCAGUCGCUGUCACCUCCACGACUUUGUCCUCCUCAAUGUUGACCUGACGCAGAACGUCCAGUAUGACCUCAAUCGGUACGCCUGCGAGGAGGUGGACUUUAAUCUGAGGGUGAACAGCAGCGGGUUGCUGAUGUGCUGCUUUAACAACUUCUCCCUGAUGAAGAAACACAUUCCAGUCGGCGGAAACAAAGACUUUGUCGUCAAACCAAAGCUUGUGGAAAUUGAAAACAAGGCUCCGAUCAGCCCGUCCCAGUAUGUCUGCGCCCCAGACAGCGAGCAGACCUUGUUAGACGCCCCGGCCCAGUUCCUGCUAGAAAGUUUCCUGCAGAGCUGCAGCCACAGGCUGUUUCCCAAGGCUGUUCAGAACAAAAACAACCCAGUUCUAUCCAUCGAUAGUUACCUAAACCUCAGUCCAGAGAUUUCGGUGUGCUACAUCAACUCUCGCCCACACUCCACCAACCUCAACCAUCAGGGUCUGGUGUUCAGCGGCCUGCUGCUUUACUUGUGUGACUCCUUCGUUGUCUCCGGACUCCUAAAGAGGUUCCGCUUCCUCAAAGGUGCCACCCUCUGUGUGAUCUGUCAGGACCGAAGUUCCCUGCGUCAGACUAUUGCUCGGCUGGAGCUGGAGGACGAGUGGCAGUUUCGUUUGCGGGACGAGUUUCAGACGGCCAACUGCAGUGAGGAUCGUCCCCUUUACUUCCUGACCGGCCGUCACGUUUGAACUCAUGGGCGUUCUGCAGUCGUGCAACUGGAGAAACCCGGGAACACUUAGAAGUAAUUUGGAUUUCCUCUACAGCAAGUUCCUCGGAUGCUUGCUAGCUGACUCGUCUCCACUUGACCUUGUUUUUACAACAACAACAACAAACUGUUGUUAGGGGGAAAAA